UGAAAGAUAACCUUUGGAGGUAAGUGCUUGUACUAUUGUGAUCAAAGUCAAGCUGUAAAUGAAGCCUAUUGAGAAUCUAUCCACCAAAGGUAGUAAUAUAGAACUUCUAACUAUAACCUCGCGAUAAUACUUCAAUACUUCACACAAUGGCACCUCGCACGAACUUCUCACCUAUAAGAGCCUGUUUAUUCGACAUGGAUGGUCUACUGCUCGAUACCGAGGACAUAUAUACACUCUGCAUUAACCUCAUCCUUGAGAAGUACGGCAAAACCUCGCUUCCCUGGUCCAUUAAAGCGAAAUUGCAGGGGCGGCCUGGUCCUGAAGCCAACGCACUCUUCCAUGACUGGGCCAAGUUACCCGUCACAGAUUCGGAUUACCUUUCCCAGUUGACCUCUCUACAACAGCAACAUUUCCCCGCCGCUAAGCCGUUGCCGGGCGUCGAGAAAUUGCUCGGUGACUUGGGGAGGACGAGAUGGUGGGAUGUCAAGGACCAGAACGGCGUGAGGAACGGAGAGGAGGGCACUGGCGAUGGGCACAAGGCGCAAAGAGUUCACAUUGCGCUAGCAACAAGUAGCACAUCGGCCAAUUUCGCCGUCAAAACUUCUAAGUGGACCGAGCUGUUCUCUGUGUUUGAGUCGCAUAGGAGAGUCCUAGGCGACGACAAACGCAUCCAGCCUGGCCGUGGCAAACCGCUCCCAGAUAUCUACUUGUUGGCGCUAAAGACGAUCAACGACAGCCUAGAGCGAGGUGAAAAGCCAAUUACUCCCGAGGAAUGCUUGGUUUUUGAAGAUAGCGUUCCGGGGGUCGAGGCUGGUCGACGUGCAGGUAUGAGAGUUGUCUGGUGCCCUCAUCCGAUGCUGAAGAAAGAAUACGAAGGUCGAGAACCGGAGAUUUUAGCAGGACGUAUGGGCGAAGCAGGCCACGUCGAUGUACACCAGUUAGGACAGAUCGACGAUGGGUGGGCCGAUUACUUCCUCGAUCUGACCAACUUCCCAUAUGGUAAAUAUGGAAUAGUAAUCCCGCCUGCUGAGGUCGAGUUGGAUGCAUCCAUGAAGGAAGACACUGCUAGUGGGGUUGUCACCCAGGCCGUCUAGAGAAUAGCGGCAUAGUCAUCGGACUACGGGCGAAUGAAGUUGAGAGUACAUGAGCAUUGCUUUCCAUAGAGCCCUAGAUUUAUAUCCGAGAUAGAAAAGCCUAUGUAGGUAAUCAUACGUGUAGUCGUGGAAA